AUGGCGCUGAGCGAGCCCAUCCUGCCGUCCUUCUCCACGUUCGCCAGCCCGUGCCGCGAGCGCGGCCUGCAGGAGCGCUGGCCGCGCGCAGAGCCCGAGGCGGGCGGCACCGACGACGACCUCAACAGCGUCCUGGACUUCAUCUUGUCCAUGGGGCUGGACGGCCUGGGCGCCGAGGCGGCCCCGGAGCCGCCGCCGCCGCCCCCGCCGCCCGCGUUCUACUACCCUGAGCCCGGCGCGCCGCCGCCCUACGGGGCCCCCGCGGGCAGCCUGGUGUCCGAGCUGCUGCCGCCGCCGGAGCUGGACGUGCCGCCGCCGGGGCCCGCGCUGCACGGCCGCUUCCUGCUGGCGCCGCCCGGCCGCCUGGUGAAGGCCGAGCCCCCCGAGGCGGACGGCGGCGGCGGCUACGGCUGCGCGCCCGGCCUGGCCCGCGGGCUGCGCGGCCUCAAGCGCGAGGGUGGCCCGGGCCCCGCGGCCGCCGCCUGCAUGCGAGGCCCCGGGGGGCGCCCGCCGCCGCCCGACACGCCGCCGCUCAGCCCCGACGGCCCCGCGCGCCUGCCCGCGCCCGGCCCGCGCGGCCCCUUCCCGCCGCCGCCCUUCGGCGGCCCCGGCUUCGGCGGCCCCGCGCCCGGCCUGCACUACGCGCCGCCGCCCGCGCCCACCGCCUUCGGGCUCUUCGACGACCCGGCCGCCGCCGCAGCGGCUCUGGGUCUGGCGCCGCCCGCAGCCCGAGGUCUCCUCACGCCGCCCGCGUCGCCGCUGGAGCUGCUGGAGGCCAAGCCCAAGCGCGGCCGCCGGUCCUGGCCCCGCAAGCGCACCGCCACGCACACCUGCAGCUACGCCGGCUGCGGCAAGACCUACACCAAGAGCUCGCACCUCAAGGCGCACCUGCGCACGCACACAGGCGAGAAACCCUACCACUGCAACUGGGACGGCUGCGGAUGGAAGUUCGCGCGCUCGGACGAGCUCACGCGCCACUACCGCAAGCACACGGGCCACCGGCCGUUCCAGUGCCACCUGUGCGACCGCGCCUUCUCGCGCUCCGACCACCUGGCGCUGCACAUGAAGCGGCACCUGUAG